AUGAGCUACAUUGGAGAGUCCACCGUCGUUGGCGAUGAGCUUGAGCCAUCUACUAAGUCACAGGAGCCUGCUCCAACUGCCAGAGCGAACCACUUGCCCGGUUCACGCGGCGGGCCACAAUCGUCGUUGGGACAGAAGUUGGCUCAGAAUACCUUCGAAUAUAUAAACAGGCAGUUCUUCAUCCGCAUUCAGGAGGAUGGGUUGAUACCCGCAUUACAGAAACUCGACGCUCAGCUACAAAGCGCUGGACACCGUCGUAUUCUUUCCAAGAAGAACCCUAUUACUUGGGCAGGCCACGAGAUUACAGCUGGUCGCAUAGGCGUCGUCAAUCAUGGUGGCCUCCCAAAAGUACUGACCAAGGCUGGUCGCUACCCACGUUUUCCUCUAAGGAACUGGUGGGCUAGGGAGUUUCACGGAACCAAAGGCAUUUCCGACACGAUCAUUGAGUUCCUAGGGUUGACGAUUGUCCAAGUAUCUCAGAACCAGGCCGCUGUGGUUUGCGAUCCCCAGAAUAGGGUUUUCAUCGUAAGAAACGGAGGGUUCGUAGCCUUUGCGGUCGAAGGUUCCUACUCUGUUCUCGAGGUUAUUGAUCAAACCCAUCUUCCAAAGACCGUCCGUGACCCCGUCACGAAAGCUAUCUUGGGACACACUCACGAAGUAAACAUGAGGUCCGUGGUUAGCUUUAGGGGAAAAUCGAAUGACUAUGUAGGCGCGUUGUUCUUGGACGUUCCAGCAAAUAAUUGCGCGAUCCUUCAGCGCGGGGAUGAUCUUGAACAGAUUGGUGCUGGACAGCAUUGCAUUACAAGCCCGAACGUAACCCUUCGAGGCCUAUUUACUUGUGGAGAGAAUCAGCUUGAAAUGCCUACAAAGGAUAUUUUCACUAGGGAUCAAGUUCCGGUGGCGCUUACCAUCUAUCUGAAAUGGCAACUCAACGAACCGCUGAAGCUCACAACACAUGGUUAUAACACCCCUUACGAGGCUCUCCGAGAUAAGGCACAGUCGAUUCUUACUCAGAUCGUUGCUCAUCUUGAUUAUAGUUCCAUGGUGAAACAACGAUCGCUUGCACCGGACGGUUUGCAAGGGGCCAACGGAGAGGACGAUGCCACUGCGGCCUUUUUGGAUGCCCUUCGCAGCAGAGCGAUGGACGAGUUGGUCUUAGCUGCUCUCGAGUAUGGGAUAACGCUCAAGGACCUUGCCGUCAUCGAUCGUCAAUUCAAAGGUGAUAUCGCUACGACUAUGGACAAACUUACGACUCGUGCGUUACAAGCACAAGUCGAAGCAGCGAACGUUGACCGGGAGAACAGUAACAAGGUUAAGCAAGAGGAGGGUAAUCUCCAAGUGGUCAUGGUGAAGGCACAGCAACGAAAGACUCAAGCAGAUGCUGAGGCAUACACGAUUGUUACCCAAGCCAAAGCCAAAGCUGAAGCAGUCCAACUUGACGCUCAAGCUCAAGCAACCGCCACGCGCCUUCAUGCUCAAGCUGAUGCUGAUGCUAUACGAACAAAGGCGAAGGCUGCGGAGGACGUCCAGGACGAGUUCUCACGAGAGAUGGAAUUGAGGAGAAUGGAAGUUUCAAGAGUUCACGCCUACGGAAAUAACACUGUGUUUGUUCAAGGUGAUGCAGGUAGCCUUGGUCCAAGCAUGGCGCAAGGAUUGGCGAUGGCGAGGGGUUUCAAAGCUGGAGACGCUCCACGUAUACAAUGA